ACCUUCCCCAGGCGCUCGGGCCGGGGACCAAGUUCAGGAGGAGGAGAUGAGGGAGGCGGUGCCGCCUUUGCUCCGCCCCGCACAGCGGCGCCGUUGCCGGGCAGCCGCCGCCAUGGGUUCGCUGCGGGAGCGCUGCGCCAGGGUUUUUGAAAUGUGUGAUGAAGGUAACAAAGGCUAUUUGAACAGAGAGGACUUUGAAGUUGCUGUAGUAAUGUUGUUUGGUUAUAAGCUCUCAGAGGUGGAGGUGGAUUCAAUAAUGUCUUCUGUGAGACCAGAAAAUUCAGGUAUAUUAUUUGAAAAGUUUUUAAAUCUCAUGAGUGCAAAGAAAUCUGCACAACUGUGCAGUGAUGAAACAAGAGAAAUAUUCACAGCUUUUGACAUGCAAGAUAGAGGAUUCUUGACUUUUGAAGACUUUAAGAAAACCUUCAAUUCUGUUCUUCCAAAAUUAUCUGAAAGAAUCAUAAUUGAAGCCUUCAGUUCUCAUGGUCACCACUUCAAGAAUAGUUACUGCAGCAGCAUUUAUCCUCGCACGGGAUUCCAUUAUCAAAGUACUCCACAAACACAUCUGCUUGAAUAUACAUGCUCUGGAAAGUGGUGAAUGGGCAUUUAUCAAUACAUUUGAUUGCAACCACUGCCUGAAGAUGGAGGUCCUUUAGCAAGAGUCCCAAGAACUUGAUGCUCUGGUUUUUCCUUUUGGGACUGCAGAGAAAAAACAGCAUCUGGUGUUUGAGGAUGCUGGAGAUUUACACCAUAUUAUGUGUAAUAUCUCUACUGUAAAUAAACAAAAUGAAUAAUUAAAUGAAUAACGAGGUGUCCUGAAUUACAACUUCUCUGCCUGCAUCUAUGGAAAAUCAAAGGAACACAUGAAGGAGAUUCAGACACAGCAGUUAAAAAAAGGAAGAAGCUCAGGAGAAACAGGAGAUGCCAUUCCCCUUAAGUUGCCUGGCCCUUGCACCACGUAAUUGAGGGCAGAAGUGGACCACGUUCUCCUUCUGCUUGUGAAAUAUCCUGAGUCAAGAUGCCAGCCCCUCCUGUGCCCCAUGCUCCAGAUGCUGGUCUGCUGAAUGAUGGCUGUAUCUGCCCUGAGGACAUUGUGAGCCUCACUCCCAGUCUUCCAGCAUUUCUGCCACUGAAGAUCCUCUUCUCUGGCUUCAAGUCGAAAAAUCUUUGUGGCAGAUUUGGCAUUGCCUGUAAUAAUUUAUGAAUGUGAUGUGCUGACAUGUUUACUGUGUGCAUACAUUGAGCUACUUCAAUCGCUGGCUUGUCAGGAAGUGUACCCAGGGGAGAACAGAUGAAUCCAGGCAUGUGGUUUGGAGGAAACACUGGGGAGCUGAAGCAAACGCCCUUUGCUGUGAUAUUUUGGCUGGGCUUCUGCUGGGCUCAGAGGAGAGGUUUCCCUUGGAAGACAUGGGUGCCUGUGAAGGAAGGCAUGGAAGAUCCUGGGGAAUUCACAGUGAACCAUUUAAAUGGAGGUUUUGGAGAGCAAGAACUCCAAAGAAACUGAAAGUGCUCAGAUCUGCAGUUAUCUAAUUCAGUACGUGUUGGCAAGACUACAAGAUAAAGUGGAUGUGGAAUAUUUUUUUAACUGCUGUGCCUUAUUUCAGUGGUUAAAUGGCUUUUCUAUUUUAUAAACAUCAUUUAGGUUGCACAAGAGAGCUGAAUGCCUCUGUUCCCAUGCCCAUGUGGGAGCAUGGUGAUUGCGCUGGGUAGGCUGGCUGAAGUUUGGCAAAACCACCUCAGCCUGCCUGCAGGAAGGUGAGAACUUGAGGGCUGGCAAAGGCAGAGGGGAAGAAAGACCACUGACAGCUGAGGUCCAACAGUAACCAUAACAAUACCAUCAUCUUUCUUAAAAGUCCCAGCACGUAAUUCUACUAAUGACUUUUAUUAAACAUUUAAGCCUUAGCCUUCAAGUGAUUCAUAUUUGUUACAAAAUACCAUCCCAUUAACACAAAGUACAAGCCGAAACAAAGUUAAUGAGCCCUAAUGCUUGC